UCACCAGACACCAGCCCGCUCGCCGUCCUCCGUUGACUCAAGCUCCUCUUUGGCUCUCUCUCUCAACAAAAGUAUAUACGGAGCAUAUGUCAUAAAUCCAAGUUGAACAAAAAUUCAAACAACCCAAUGGAUUCCAAGAAAAUAUCCCAAAUUGCCAAUUCCUAAUACUUCAACCUUUGUUUUUUUCCUGUUUGCCUCCGAUUUCAGCUUCCGUUUUCUUGUCUUUCAUCUAAAAAUUCAAUCUUUUUCGUUCUCUUUGGGAAUUUUAAAUUUUUUAAAAGAAAAUUUCUACUGAUUCGUUGAAUCCGAAAUCACAAACCCUAGAUUUCUUCAUUUCCUUUUGGAUCAACAAGCCCUAGACGAGGCCCUGCCCAAAUGAGUGAAGCAUAGGGUGUUAUUGAUAUCGUCAUCACCAUAAAGAUCGCCAUCCAUCUGCGUUGUGGUCGUCAAUGGCGGCGCCCAGGGGUUUGGUGGUGGACACGUCGCGCUUGGCCAGAGAUGAGGAGAAGAUUCUCGAUUUGUCCGACUCCUAUUCCUCGGACUCGCCGACAGCCAAACGUUACAAAGAGGGCAAGUUCCUGCUCAGCCGUUGGGAGUUCGCCGCGGCUCUUGUGGUGUUCAUGGUGUGCUUGACAGGCUUGUUCUGCAUCUACUUGACAAUGCCUGCUGCAGAUUAUGGGAAACUCAAGCUUCCUCGUAAUAUUUCUGAUCUUCGGAUGCUCAAGGAUCACCUAGCUAUGUAUGCCGAUAUGUACCCAACGAGAUUCAUUUUGGGUUACUGCUCAACAUACAUAUUUAUGCAGACAUUCAUGAUUCCCGGGACCAUUUUUAUGUCAUUACUUGCUGGAGCACUUUUCGGUGUUCUUAGAGGGCUUUUCUUGGUUGUCUUUAAUGCUACGGCCGGUGCAUCGUCCUGCUUCUUUCUUUCUAAAUUACUUGGAAGGCCUAUAGUUCACUCACUAUGGCCUGAAAAGUUGAGGUUUUUCCAAUCAGAGAUAGCCAAGCGCAGGGAUAAAUUACUCAACUACAUGCUUUUUUUGAGGGUAACUCCAACGUUGCCAAACCUUUUUAUCAAUUUGGCAUCUCCUAUAGUGGAUAUACCAUUCCACAUUUUCUUUCUGGCCACGGUGAUUGGUCUUAUUCCUGCCUCAUUUAUUACUGUCAGGGCUGGCCUUGCUCUUGGGGAUUUAAAAUCAGUCAAAGAUCUGUACGAUUUCAAAACUUUGGUAGUUCUUUUCCUUAUUGGUUCUAUCAUUAUAUUACCAACCCUUUUGAAGAGGAAGCGGAUAUACGAAUGAAGCCAUCAUUGAGCAUUGUCUACCCUCCAGAGCCACACAAAUUCAUGUAGUUCUUAUUUCUACCAUUUGGAUUCGAGAUGGGAGCAAUCCAUGGAGGCCGACAGGAAUGUAACUGAUGUCAGACAAGUGACCUUUGCUGGUCUCGGGUUCCAACAAACAUUCGGUAAGAUUAGAGAUAUGAGGAAAUAUACAGCCCACUUUGUAUUUAUGUAUGCGAGUUUUACACAACCUGGAGGCAGGUGUUAAUUUGGUUGAUAGCAAACUAGAAGCUGAUUGUAACAUUUCUUGUGCCAGAUACCUAGAUAUGAAAAUGGUUUCUGAUUCAUACUAAAAAGUGACCAUGUAGCCAUAUGUUUUAUUAUAUAUAUUACAAUGUAAAAGGAGGUUGAGUUCAUUUCAUCAAUAGUAAAAGUAUUUAGCAUUUAGCCUGUCAUAA